GCAUGCAGAAAAAAGACGUCUUCCCACACAGUUUCCUGCCCAGCUUCCAACAUUUCGCCACGCAGGCCAUCCACGUGGGCCAGGAACCAGAGCAAUGGACCUCCAUGGCUGUAGUGCCCCCCAUCUCACUGUCCACCACAUUCAAGCAAGGGGCUCCGGGCCGGCACUGUUUGGCCUUUGCUUCAGGUUUAGCUGCCACUGUGACUAUUACCCAUCUCUUAAAAGCGGGAGACCAAAUUAUUUGUAUGGAUGAUGUGUAUGGAGGUACAAACAGGUACUUCAGGCAGGUGGCAGCUGAAUUUGGAUUAAAGAUUUCUUUUGUUGAUUGUUCCAAAACUAAAUUGCUAGACGCAGCCAUUACACCAGAAACCAAGCUUGUUUGGAUUGAAACUCCCACGAACCCUAACUUGAAGAUAGUUGAUAUUGCAGCCUGUGCAAAUACUGUCCAUAAACGUGGAGACAUUAUUCUGGUCGUGGAUAACACUUUCAUGUCGGCAUAUUUCCAGCGGCCUUUGGCUUUGGGAGCUGAUAUUUGUAUGUAUUCAGGAACAAAAUAUAUGAAUGGCCACAGUGAUGUUGUAAUGGGCUUUGUGUCUCUUACUUCUGAGACCCUCCAUAGUAGGCUCCGUUUCUUGCAAAAUUCUAUUGGAGCAGUUCCGUCUCCUUUUGACUGUUACCUCUUCAAUCGAGGUCUGAAGACUCUACAAAUCCGAAUGCAGAAGCAUUUUGAAAAUGGAAUGGCAGUUGCUCAGUUUCUGGAAUCAAAUCCUCUGGUAGAAAAGGUUGUUUUUCCUGGACUGCCCUCUCAUCCUCAGCAUGAGUUGGCAAAGCGCCAGUGCACUGGGUGCCUGGGGAUGGUCACCUUUUAUAUUAAGGGCACUCUUCAGCAUGCUGAGACUUUCCUCAAGAACCUGAAGUUAUUUACUCUGGCUGAGAGCUUGGGAGGAUACGAGAGUCUUGCUGAGCUUCCGGCAAUCAUCACCCAUGCAUCAGUGCCUAAGAGCCAGAGAGAUGCCCUUGGGAUUAGUGACACACUGAUUCGACUCUCUGUGGGCUUAGAGGAUAAAGAAGACCUAAUGGAAGAUAUAGAUCAAGCUUUGAAGGCAGCACACCGUCCAAAUGCAAAUUGAACCUAAUAUUUCAGCAAUGCUGUUAGAAGUUGCUUCGUGAGAGAACAAAUCUUUUGAAUAACUGAAUGGACUAUUAAUGAACAUUUGCAGAAUUUUCAAGUGAAAAUUCUCAUCAGUAAUUUUCACAAUUGUAACCUUCCAGGAAUCCUCCCUGUGGAAAACAGUUUUCUCUUUCCCAUUGUCAUUGACAGGUGAAUUCUGUUAAUAUCUUCUAUGUUAAUUUUGGUAGACAUUGGCCUCUGAAGGAGGUGAGACUUGUGUUGCUUUUUGGGAUUGUGUUCUUUUUUUUCAUCAUGUAAGAUUUAUAUUGAUCAUGUUUACAAUAUAAUGGUAAUUCAUUUUUGAUGUUUUCUGAAGAAUUUAAAUUAAAUGAAUAUUUUUAAA